GUGAGUUGCUGCUACGAUUGAAGAGAUCAGGUGGGAGGUGUUUGUUCUUUGGUUGCGGUCCUCCCCUGACUCAUUGCACAAAUGUCACACAGCAGGUAUGAAUAGGAGAGCUGCCACACUGAGAAAUUUUUAAAUGGCAUGUUUGAUUUCUGCGAACUAUUUAAAGAUGGGUCAUCAUCACUGAUACGAGCGCGCUCUGCAGAGGAACAUGGAUGUACCUCGUCUUUGAACUGCUCUCAUAGUGGAUGCUGAGCAGGUGAGUUCACUGGGAUCUGAGGGCGAGGAUGAGGUGGGCAUGUGGAGCCUGGAGCCCCAGGACUGCCAGGAGAGCCUGGACAAGACAAGCCUGACACCCAGCGAGGGGACGGAGGAGCCCGGCAGCCCUGCUCGCUCCACGAGGCCGCACAGCCUCAGCCUCAGCCCCGCCAGCAGGAACUACUGGCCGCAGGUGGAGCAGGAGGCCGAGGCCGCAGAGGACGCCGCCACCUCAUCCACCGCUGACAGGGAGGGAGACCAGGAACCUCUGAGGAUGUACUGUAAGAGAUCAGACUCCCAGAAUUCCUUGGAGGACCUGGCCCACUAUGAAUUUCUGGCCCAGUUGAGGAAGGCUUCUACCUCAUCCAGUCUCUUGGACCAUCUGAGCCACAAUGGCACGGCAGCAAUGUACCACCCGGGCGGCAGACACGACGAGCUGCCGCCCGCCAUCUGGUCACCGGGAGCUCAGCACCGCUCACCUGAGGGAGCAGAUGCAGGGAGGAGCCAGCAGGCCUGUCCGUUCUGCCAAAUGAUGUACCAGCGUGGAGCCUCUCUGAGGGACCACAUCAAGUACUGUCAGGAGAGGGAGGGGGGCCACAUGGUCUGUCCGCUCUGUGGAUACACUGCCACCCUUAGGUCACAGAUGGAGCAGCACCUGGCUCUUCAUAACCAAAUGCAGGACAAGAGUGUCAUGAGUUUGGAUCAAGGCGUUGAGACCAGGAAGUUCAAAUGUCUGCAGUGUGGGAAAGCAUUCAAGUACAAACACCACCUCAAAGAGCAUCUCCGCAUCCACAGCGGUGAGAAACCCUACGAGUGCUCCAACUGCAAGAAGCGUUUCUCUCACUCUGGCUCCUACAGCUCCCACUUAAGCAGCAAAAAGUGCCUGAGUGGUGGAGGAAACGGAGGAGGAAACGCGGGAGGAAGUAGCAGCGGCGCAUUUAAUGGACACAGGCAAAGCUCCUACCACCACUCGUUUCCAACGUCUCCUUCUGCAGGCGCGGGGAGAAACAGUACUGACAAGGGCUCUCCGUUGGCUUCACAUUCCCAAGAUCACAGCGGGCCUCUGUGUCGAGCACCAGAGGAUCCUCACCAGCUUUCACUGCAGGACCCAAACCUCAACCCCACGGGCUUCCCCAGAGCGUCGGACCUGGCUCGGCUUUGGGACCCCUCGGCAGAGCUCUCGUUGAGGGCCAACAUACUAAAAGGGACUACCCUGCUGCCUUAUCUGCACUCUGGGACCAAGUUUGAACAGAUGCUGCAGGAGAUGCUUCACAGGGAGGUGAAGAAAGAUGAGGAGACGGACAGAGGAGGAGGAGGAGGAGGUGCAACGGAGGAAAGGAAGGUGAUUUACAACGGGGGAGGGCCUGACAGGAAGGUGUCGUCCGACAGAAGAAGAGAGGCAGUGAGGUCAGGUGAAGGGGAGAGAGGUGUGCUCGGGGUGACGUGUCGAUGGUGCUCCCAGCUUUUUCCCAACGUGGCGGUGCUCCUGCAGCAUGAGCGCUACCUCUGUAAGAUGAACCGAGAGGCGGUGGAGGUGCCCGAGGGGCUUCGCAGCAAAGACCACCCCUCACCGCCUUUAUUCUUCCCCAGAUCUGCUCUCCAACUGGAGAACAGCAAACCAAGUGAAGUAACCAACGGAAACAAAUCGCCGUUACAGAAGCCCAGCUGGCACUCUUUACCGCAGCAGCUUCUGGUGGCAAUGCACUCCCCCCCACAGCCCCUCCACGACGCCCUGUCCUCACGAGCCUUCUGGUCCAGCCAGGAAAAGGGAAGCCCAAGCCAACCAAUGAACCACUCCCCAGAGCUGUCAUCCCCUCGAGUCAGGAGGAGGGUUCCCUCUUCAGGAUUCGGUUCUCCGGUCUGCCUGGACCUCACCAGCUGUCCUCCCGAACUGACUUCCCCUCAGAACCACACCAGCAGCCACUGGUCUGCACAGAACGAGCCUCUGGACCUCUCCCUGCCCAAGCAGCUCUCAGACCGGGAGGGGAGGAACAAAACUGUAAACGGCAAUUCAGCCAGAGGAGAGAGGAGAGAGCAGCAACUUAGGAGACCCAGUCCAACUUCACAUCUCGCCCUUCACCACCACCAUCACCCGGUCUAUGGCGGGGCCGGAGCUCCUCUGUUUCCAGGUUCCUUAUAUAAUGGAUUUCCUAUCUUCAACCAGUCUGGUUUAGGGCUUUCAGGACAUGAUGGCAUCGCAGCGAUUCCGUUCAGCCAGUCACCUAAUAGCCCGGGGUUUCUCUCUCCUAUGGCUUUCAUGAUGGAGGCGGACGCAGAGGCGACGCUGAAAAAGAUCCACCAGGAGAGACAAGCUCUCAUGGGUGAGGUGUUAAGCCGUGGAGCUCUGGACUACCUCUCUCUCAUGGAUGAUGGACUGGAGGGAGAAGGAGGACCAGGGAGGAAAAGACUGAAGAAGACAGAUGAGGGGCUUUACGCGUGUGACAUUUGUGAAAAAACCUUUCAGAAGAGCAGCUCUCUGCUCCGACACAAAUACGAGCACACAGGUAAGCGUCCUCAUGAGUGCAAGAUCUGCAACAAGGCCUUCAAGCACAAGCAUCAUCUGAUCGAGCACAGUCGGCUGCACUCCGGAGAGAAACCCUACCAAUGUGACAAGUGUGGCAAGCGUUUCUCUCACUCCGGCUCGUACUCCCAGCACAUGAACCACCGCUACGCCUACUGCAGCAAAGACCAGGAUCCGGACCAAGACCAAGAGGAGAUGCCUCUCACCCCGGGGGCGGGCGGCAGCCUCGGGGGCCGCCUCGCCGACGAGACCCCUCUGUCCAUCGAGGACACCCAAACCGCGCACUCCUUCCUCAGCGAUUCCAGUCUGGAUGGAGCUGCAGAGGCCCUCAAGGAAGAGGAGGAGGAGGAGGAAGACGUGGGAGUUAGUGAUGGUCGUGUGGAAGAGGCACAUGUGGGUUUGUCUGGUGUGGUGGAGGAGCUGGGAGGUAGCCCCAUCCGAGGAUCACCUACAGGGGAGAACCGAGUGCAAAAUGAGAGAAAUGGUUACGACGUGGGAAACCAUAUUGAUGAUGCAGAAAGACAAUUCUGGGACAGAGACACUGAGGACCAGAAUGGAGACUUGGACAAAUGUGAACUGAACCUGGAUAUAACAGAUUUACCCAGAAUAAAAACUUAAACUGACUUUAACAAGCCAAUACAAUGCAUAUACUAUAUAUAUAAUAAGACUUUUGAUACACUUUUUCUCUCAUAUACAGUAUAUAUAUAAAACAGCUCCACUGAUUUUUUUUUUUUAUACUAAUUUUUACAUGAAGAAAUGCACAGAACUGCCAAAGCAUAGACGGCCUUAAAGCGGAUGAAGCCAUACAAACAAAAUAUAUGUGACAAAACAAAUUAUAGUAUUUUAUCAUGCAAAAUAGACUUGAUAUAGCUUCAGGGCCUUUUGUUUGUUUGUUUUAAUUGUUUUUUUGUUUGCCAGAACAGCUGAAACACAUUUGGGUUGACUCAUUGGAUUUCAUGUCACACAUCCAGAUGUGACAAUCUAAUUUUUUUAUACGCUUGCUGCUGCUGACUGUUGCACAACCCAUAAAGAAGAGGCCUUUGUAUUUUUAUAUCCAGGAUCCAGUUUACUUUGUUUGAAACAUUUUUACUGUUCACAUGUAGGUGCACACGACCAGUGAGUGGGUUGAGAAACCAAGAAGGAAAGAAUGGAAAGACAUGUCUGUUACUUUAGCAUGCCGUCACAGUUAGAGCUUCAAUAUCAAUCAGAAUCGCUGGAUGCUCAGUUAUUUAUUCUUCCUCAUAAGUGAAAGUAACAUUCGAUAUCCUGUGGUAUUAUCUCAUACAAAUCCUUACCUCUAUUUUAAGACAUGAGCAAUAUCUUUGUCAAAUGUUUUACAUGGCAAUACACACAUGCAGCUAUUACUUUGUCCCAAAGCCAUUCAUUCAUGCUGUGAAAUCACAAGGUACAACCAGCUCAUCUUUUCAGGUUAACUAUGGUGCUCAGUGGCUUCGACUUAUUCUAUUUAGUAGUUUAGAGUGAGCAGUAAAAAGAGGAAGUACCGGAAGGUGUUUAUUUAUUUUUUUUAAACAAAAAAAGCAGUGUCAUUUCUGCAUCUCUGUAUGUUACAGAGGGUAAAAGAUUAAGUCAGUUUUCCUUUGAGGGAGCAAUUCAAACCUGCACUGUCUCACGGUUUGUGUAAUAAUCACACACAGCUGCUUUAUUUAAUUUGAUGCUAAAAUAUCCUCCUAUUUCUCGUAAUAAUUUAAAAGUGCUACAGCCUGUUUUCUCACCCCUAGAAAAAAACAAUAAUGUGUCACACAUUUGGGCUCGUCUUGUUGAGGUGUGGCGUGAGGGUCAAGACUCAGGACACAUACAUUUAACUUCCUCUUUCUGACUGCGGUGUAGUCAAUGUGAAAAGUACCUCAGAUGUACUGUGAGUAAUCCGACAGAGCCUUGGUACGACGAGAUAAGACGGUGGUGCAUGAGGUGUGACUAAGCUCGUAGCACUCAUGCAUACCGUGCGCCAAAGACACUUCUUGGUCAUAAUGUGUGUGUGUGUGUGUGUGUGUGUGUUUAUCACCAAAGCUAUGCAUAUGUGACACGCCAACUGCCACCCUAUUCGUGCGUACUUCCUUACCUGUUAUUUCUAGGUCAAGAAGUGUUUUAUCUUCACUCAGCGUCUGCACACUUUCUUUUUUUUUUUUAAAUGUACCAAGCAGUGUUAUUUUUUGUUUUUUAUCUUUUACUGGCACCCAUGCAACUUUUGUAUUCACUUUUUAUAUAUGUUUUAUAAUAAUAAUAAUAAUAAAAUUGUACAUACUUUGUAACAAGAAUGUUGUAUUUCAUUGUUUUUCUAUUUAAAAUCUAUCCCCAAUCAA